AUGACUACCCUUGUUCUUCCUCCUUCUUCUCAGCAACAGCAUCAUCAUAAUAAUAAUCAUCAUCCACAACAACAAGACACAACAGUUCAUCAACAACGGCCAGAAACUAGUACAACAUCAACAAACAAAGCUCGAUCAACUGUUGUUGAUCCUCUCCAUGCACGAUAUUUAAUAGCCCAUAAACUGGCAUCAGGUGGUUUUGGAGAUGUGUAUGCCGGCGUAAGAAAAAAAGAUGGUAUGCAAGUAGCAAUUAAAGUUGUAGCAAAAAAACGAAUGCGUGAAACAAAUUCAGCUGACGGAAAAUUACCACUUGAAGUUGUUUUAUUACGUCGUGUAGCUAAAGUAAAAAAUGUUAUACAUAUGUUAGAAUAUUUUAUUCACAAUGAUCAACUUGUUAUUGUCCUUGAACGGCCUGAUCGUUGUUGUGAUUUAUAUGAUUUUAUAUCUGAACGUCCAGGCGGUCUUGAUGAGCGUUUAGCACGCGAUUUCUUUAAGCAAAUUAUACAAAUUCUAAAAGAUGUACAUGCAUGUGGAGUUCUUCAUCGAGAUAUUAAAGAUGAAAAUUUUCUUGUUGAUAUGCGUAGUGGACAGUUAUAUUUAAUUGAUUUUGGUUCUGGUGCUCUAUUACAAGAUGGAAUUUAUACUGAUUUCGAAGGGACAUCUUGUUAUGCAGCUCCGGAAUGGGUUACAUGUCGACGAUACUUUGGUUUACCACAAACUGUCUGGUCAUUAGGAAUACUUUUAUACGAUUUAGUAUGUGGUGAUAUUCCAUUUUCGGACGAUUUAGCUAUAAUUAAAUGCCAACCACCAUUUCCAAGUCAUCUUUCGCCAGAAUGUAUACAACUAAUUGAACAAUGUUUAUCAAUAAGAUCAUCAGAAAGACCUUCAUUAGAUCAAUGUUUACAAUCUUCAUGGUUAAAGUUCCCUUCAUCGAGAGACUUAUGUUUAUCAUUAGUUCCACGUCGUCGUGGUGGACAUAGUAAUAAUCAAUUAAAAGACUUACAUUCAUUGUCGAAAUCAACAGCAGGUUGUCUUACCUCUCGUGGUAAUUCAUUGUAG